CGCAAAAAACCUUGUGCCCAAUAAGUUCUUCAUUUACUUUUUUGGAUCUUCAAAAGCUCUUUAACUCACAGCAAACUUUCAGUAUUAUCGACACAACUGCGUUAAGAAAGGCAUGUUGGGAUCAAAAACAUGAUAAUAAAUUCAGAUGA